AUGGCAUCCUGGUUGCACGUGGCGGACGAUUCAGAUUUCUCGCUACGAAAUUUGCCAUAUGGGGUUUUCAGCACUGCCGAUUCUGGUCCACGAAUUGGUGUUGCCAUCGGAGAGUAUGCUCUAGAUCUGAGGGUGCUCGCCCAGGAGCACGUGUUCGACGACCUUGACUUCAGCGUCGCCACCCUGGAGGAAGCGACGCUGAAUGCUUAUGCAGAACUUGGAAGGAGCGUCCAUGGAAAGGUCAGGAGGAAGUUACAGCAGUUAUUGGAGGAGAGUACUCAACUAGGAGAUGUGCUGCGAGACAACCAGGAGCGCCGGACAAAAUGCCUUGUCCCGUUAGAUAGUGUUUCCAUGCACCUCCCUGUGGUGGUUGGGGAUUACACGGACUUCUUCAUAGGUAUCCAUCAUGCCAACAAUUGUGCGGAUUUCUUGAAGCCUGGUUCGGAUAUCACAGGGUUGAUACCUGGGUUUUGGGACACACCCACAGCAUACCAUGGCCGCUCCUCAUCCGUCAUUGUCUCAGGCACUCCUGUGCGUAGACCUAAAGGUCAGUAUCGAGAAUAUGGGAAAGCGGUAUCGACACUCUGUCAAAAACUCGACUUUGAGGUCGAAUUUGCGGCGAUUAUUGGACAAGGCAAUCAAAUGGGAGACGCCAUCGACGUUGACCGUGCAGAGGAUCACAUCUUUGGGUUCGUGAUGCUAAAUGAUUGGUCUGCACGAGACUUUCAGAAAAAUGAACCCAGCGCUCCUUUCAGUUGCAAAAAUUUCGCGACUUCGAUCUCCCCAUGGAUCGUCCCUUUCGAAGCCCUUGAGCCUUUUCGCAUUCCUCCCACAGAAGCUGGGAAAGAGGUCAACUCGGCGUAUGAAAUUCCGAUCAGAGCAACGCUCGAGAGUAACUCGGAAAGAUACCAAGUGGCGGAGUGCAACACCAAAUUCGUUGUCUUCUCCUUCGCUCAAAUGAUUGCUCACCACACUCGUGGCGGGUGCCCACUAAGACCAGGCGACAUUCUGGCUACUGGUACAAUGUCUGGACCAACCCGUCAGGAGCUAGGCUGCUUUCUCGAGCACUCCCAACCCUAUGAAAUGGUUGCGAGUGGGUCAAAUGGGGGCAAGAUAAUUCGAACCUUUCUCGAAGAUGGGGAUGUGGUCGAAUUCACUGCCCAUAUUCAGCCCAAAGACGGGGUUGGCAAUGUUGGCUUCGGACUCCUUAGUGGUCAGGUGUUGCCUGGGAAUUGA